GCAAUGAUAAGUCGCGACUGCGCACUGUUCAAAGACGGCUCGCGGAAAACUUGCUUGAAGUUGGCAACAGUUUUCCUUGCAGCCAUCGGUUCUAAUCCGAAACUUUCCUCGGAGAUGGCUUUUGCCACGCGACUAUCAGUUUAAUCUUCGAUUCCCGUCUGGGUGAAAGUUUCACUUCGAGAAGCAAAGGUGAAUCUAUUCGACAAAGAGAUCCGCUGGAUUUUUCUUAGGUCUGUUUUAGGUCUAUCAAGUGGCAAUUAUAGAAAUCAGUGUUUCGAUGAAAACGACGCGAUAAUAAAACGGGGAUUUUCCUUGGAAAUGACGGAACCUUCUUUCCAUCAGCUGGUUCGAACUUUCUGCCGAAAAUGGAUAAAUGGAUAAACGAGAAACGAAUCGAGCGCUAAAGCAUUCGGGGGUCGGAAAGUUUCGAGAGAACCGUCGAAAGUGUAGAGGAUAUCCAGGUUGAAUCCAGAGCAUGCGUUCUCUCGUCUAGUGCUCUAGUCGAUGCAACUUCAGAUGGUGCAGCGGACCUUCCAUUGCAAACUGGUGGUACGCAAGCGUCGCACGAAGGCACCGAGAAGGCACGUAGGCUGACUAGGCUGAUCGUUGGAUAUGUCGACGAUCGGUGGUUAGCGCGAGUGAAUCGGACUCUCGGAGUCGUGGCAAAAAUGUGUCAAUGUUGCUGGCAACAGUGGCACUCGAAACAAGUGAAUUCCACGCGUGCUGCCUACAAUCAGCAGGGACAGCCCCGAGGGAACCAAGAACACACGAUCUGAGCGUUGGAAGCCGGAGCAACGUGUCUGCGCCGCGCAAUACGUACAGGCGCGUGACAACAAACGCCGACCAAGUUACAUGGCGAGUUAUUCGCGUGGACGUUCCUCUCGACAAUCCGAUGACACGAUGGACGAUGAUAUCGACGACAAAGAUGACACGAAACGGAAAUCGCGAAAUUUGAGUGAAAAAAAACGGCGUGACCAAUUCAACAUGUUGGUGAACGAGCUGGGGAGCAUGGUUGGUUCGAAUACGCGGAAAAUGGACAAAUCUACCGUAUUAAAAUCCACGAUAUUAUUCUUGAAAAACCAUAACGAAAUAGCCGUAAGAUCAAGGGUGCAUGAGAUUCAGGAAGAUUGGAAGCCGUCGUUUCUGUCAAACGAAGAGUUCACGCAUCUCAUAUUAGAGGCUCUGGACGGUUUUAUAAUGGUAUUUUCUUCAAGCGGGCGCAUUUAUUAUGUGUCCGAAAGCGUUACAUCUCUACUUGGCUACCUUCCAAAGGAGCUGGAAAACACUACCAUUUAUGAUAUAACUUACCAAGAGGACCAAUCGCCGUUAUACAAUGUGUUAUUGAAUCCAGUGAACGCGAGGGAUCGACGAAACGUCAAGAAAGAGGACCAAAUAUCUUUCUCGUGUCACAUUAAAAGAGGUGGCCUGAACGUUCAAGAGAAUCCCGUUUACGAGCUCGUGCAAUUUAUCGGAUACUUCCGUUCUGACGUCGAUUCGGAAGUAGACAAUCUCCUCCCAAAUACAAAAUUCGGGACUACCGGUGGAAUGGACACAAAAUUAGUUUUCGUCGGAACGGGACGCCUGCAAACGCCCCAGUUGAUUCGCGAGUUGUCUGUAAUGGACAGCACUAAGUCGGAGUUUACUUCCAGACAUAGUCUCGAAUGGAAGUUUCUCUUUCUGGAUCAUCGAGCACCGCCCAUCAUCGGAUACCUACCGUUCGAAGUUCUCGGCACCUCCGGAUACGAUUAUUAUCAUGUCGACGACUUGGACAAGGUCGUCAUGUGCCACGAAUCCCUGAUGCAAAAGGGAGAGGGCACUUCGUGCUACUAUAGAUUCCUGACGAAGGGUCAACAAUGGAUAUGGUUGCAGACCAGAUUUUAUAUCACGUACAACCAAUGGAAUUCGAAACCCGAGUUCAUCGUCUGCACCCAUUACGUGGUCAGCUAUAUCGAUGUGAUCAAGGAGCUGCGCAAAGAGUCGGAAACUUUCGGGAAAGAGCAGACCGAGGACGUUUUAAUGACGGUAAAACAGCAGCAGGUGAGCACAUCGUGCCCGGUUCCAACGACGCAAUGGCCGUCGAAAUCGUCCAAGUCGUCGAAAUCAAUAGCUUCAAACACGAGACCGAGACACGUCGAAGGCUCCGAUAGCUCCUCGAUGUCGGCGUCCAUGCAAAGUUCGCCACAUUCGCAAAUCACGCACGUGUCGCGUUCCAAAGGCACUUCUGCCAACGCUCCGAAAAAUCAGAUGCCUCAAAUCGACAACCGGCAGCACCAACAGCAAUCCCAGCAGCAACCUCAGAUAGAAGUUGACCAGAGUUGCAUUCACUUUAUGGAACAGGCGCAAUAUGCGACGGUUAAUCUACAACCUGUAGUUACCACUGGCUUCGCUACACCCGCGGGACAAAUUCUGUCGACCGUUCCUACCCACGAGAUGUUGCAUCAGCAAGGUAUCGUGAUGACACCGCAGCAGAAUCAAAUUCAAGACGAGCUGCAGCGUAAGCACGAGGAGCUGCAACAGCUAAUAGUGCAUCAGCAAGAAGAACUUCGUAGAGUGUCGGAGCAACUAUUUAUCGCCAGAUAUGGAAUUCUCUCGCCGUUGCUUAACGCAGGCAUGCCAUACGGCGCAACAACGAAUGCGUGCCAACAAAUGAACCGAUGCAACACCAAUAACACGGCUAUGCAACUACCCACAUCGAGCAGCGUGCAAAGCGUGAACGUUCUUCCUUUACCCAUCACUGUUCCAGUGCCUCUGGUGCCCACGGAAUUGUUCUCUCACUCGUUACCGGUUAGUCCCGUGCCAACAGUAUCGACCACGGUUCAAGGAAACGUGGCGACGAUGAUCCAAACGCCACAGCAGCCGCAUCAGCAGCAGCCGCAAGGACCAACGCAGCAAAACGGCAAUCCUGAUCUUGUGCCUUUUCAGAUCUGUUCUCAUCAAGCAGACAUGUUAUACAAUGACAUGGAACCGGCAUCGACUCAGCAACAAAGACCACCCCAGAAUUAAACGACUGCUACUUUUGAUGCUCCUUGUUCCACGUUAUCGAGCAAUGAUUCGGAGAUGAAGAAAAUCGGAAACUAAACGAGCGAGACUCUACGGUUUAGGGUCACCUUUACAAUAUUUAGACUAAUAUUUUUCUAUGUAAGUUGUACAGAAAGAACAUUUCGCAAUGGAAAUUGGAUGGGUUCAGCGCUUCUGUUUAAUCGAACGAGAAUGUUCGGACACCGGGCUGGGCUCCCAUCCAAUUGGAUCAGUGCUGUCCACCCUACCCAUUACACCUUAUUAUUCAGCGGAUCUUAGGGAAUGUAACUGCAGUCGCUUGAAAACUAAAGCGACAAAAGUGAUUUGGAUCGAAUGAAUGUUAUCGGCCGACUUCUUCAGACUUUGGAUCCGCGAGAUAUUUCUUUGAGAGCAUGCUCGGCACUCUCUUCGCAUGGAACCGAUAUCCGACGUCGAUUACCUUUGAAAAAGGCUAUCUAUUGCGCGUAUUAUGUAUAGAUUAUGUAUUUUUACCGUGUCGACUGGGCUAAAUGCUUUAUGGACUCCGUCACAGAUAGUUUAUUUCGUUUCCGAAAGUACAAAAUAUGUCUGGAAUCACUUGGAAAGUGGUUUAACCAGGAACUUUGUGUUUCCAGAUAGCCUAAUUAGUUUUAUCGUACCGAAGAGUUGACGGGAAACGAUGACCCGCAUUUUGUUCGGGAACAGGGUAUAUUUCUAAAUAUAUCUAUAUCUAUACCUACAUCUAUAUCUAUAUCCGUAUCUGUAUCUACCAUGUAUAUGUAUAUGUAUAUGUAUAUUACGAGGAACGACAGAAAGUAAUAUAUUUUGUUGUAAAUGUACAUUGAUAAGCUCCAACAUGUAUCUUUAAUCUAUGAAAUGGUGUGUAUUAUGAGUGUCGAAAUUCAUAUAUUUUCUAAAUGUUAUCGGACGGAUUAUACAUUGAAGGAAAUUUCUACACAUUCCAAGGAAAUGUACUGCAGGAAACAUGUUUAACUAUUACUGUAUUAAGACAAUAACUUCCACAGUUCGAUUGUAUGCGAUAACAAGAUUGCAUGCAUUAGAUACAACGUGAAAAUAAAGGAAGUUCCUAAAUUA